AUGUCAUCUCCUAAGAACAACCAGAAGAGGCCGGAUGAAGAGACCAUUGUGGUUAAAGUAGAGAAGGAGAAGAAAGCUGAUGAUAAACCCAUAGGAGAGAAUUCUGAGGAAGACGGCGAAGAUAACAACAAUAACAACAAGCCACUUGAUGAUGAGGAUAUUGACAUUUUAAAGAGCUACGGCCUUGGACCCUAUACCGGGCCGUGCAAGAGGGUUGAGGGAGACAUCAAGGCUUUGGGUGAGAAGAUCAAUAAACUGUGCGGAAUCAAGGAGUCUGAUACCGGCUUGGCCCCACCGAGUGUAUGGGAUUUAGCAGAUGACAAAGUGAAACAAGAG